AACCGAUCCAUCAAAUUGAAUUCAUAAGAAGAGCAUCAUCAUCUAAAUUACCAUUUUUGAUAGCACGGCCUGGCUUCAUCAUCAUACUUUUUUUUUUGAAUAACUGCAACAGUUUAUAUUAGACGACAUGCUUCUCACUGGUGCUUUCAUCUUUGUGAUGAUGGUGUUGUAUGUUGAUGGGAAAUCCAAGUUACCCAAAGACCAAUUCACCUGUACUUCCGGUCUUGCUGCAAAAUGUUUUGGAAGUUCUGGCCCCAUAGAUGCAACUGAAGUAAAGGGUAAAAAAGGGUUUUAUAAAUGUGAUCUUGCAGUAUCUGGUAGGGCAUGUUGUUCAGGGGGCACUUGUAUGAAUCCACAAUCUUGAAAGAUAUCUCGAGGUUGUGACUUUG